AUGGAGUUCGAAGCCCAGCGCCUCUGCGAGAUCGCGCAGCAGCGCCUGUCGUUCGUGGCCGCGCAGGUCGGCGCGGGGAUGCCAGAGUCCGUCUUGCUGCAGGCUCAGGCGAACUCGCUCGUGGCAACGUUCUCUGCCUCGCAGGCCGUCACCAUGACGGUGGCCACCCAGGUAACAGGCCACAUCACUCGCGGCCCUUGGACGGCCGAUCAGAAGCUCCAGUUGGCGACGGCCCUCAACGAUGCAGCUGCCGCUCGCGAACUUCAGCGGAGGGGGCCUGCGCGGUGCCAGCAGUUAUGCCUCGAGGUGCACACCUUCCUGACGCAGUCCGACUGGGCCGCCUUGUGUGACCCCAUGCAGUCCGAGCUGGCCAAGGCCAAUGUGGUCGGCACGCGCAUGUGGAGGUGCGGAAUCACUUGCCCCGCUGAGAAGACUCUGAUGGCUGCUGGCGCCGUCAUCUUGUGUUCCCACUACUCGGACGUCUCGGCGAUCAGCGGUGACCAUAAGCGCAAGACCUGCGAGAACGUGCAGAGCGUGAUCAAGUCCAUCGACAAGACCAAGGCCUACCCGCACGCGCACAGACCUCGCUACACCACGCCAGCAGGACUGGAUGCUGGCUCCUUCAGGUUCGCGUACCCUGACCCCUCUGACCCGCCAGUUGCUUGCCCAGCCGAGGUCGACGUCACCAAGAUCACCAUGUGCUACAGGAACACAGCGAACGAGCGCAGGGCAAGCAGCGCCCCACCCACGGUGCCCGCCAGGCCCGCGUUUGCCAGCUCGGGCGAUCAGCCGCCAGCAAUGCAGUUGGCUCUUCCACGUGCGGAUCGGCCUCAGUAUCAGUGCCCCUUGCAGCUCCUGGCAAGCCUGGCUACACAGGCGCUCGGCCAAGGUGGUUUCGAUGCGCUUCAGCCCUUGGCCAACCAGUUCGGCCUUAACUUUCAGCCGCAGAUGUUUCAGCAGCCAGCCGCGCCGCCAUACUUCAUCGCGCGCCCGCCGUCGGCCGCGGCGGCUGCGGCUGGGGCGGCUGAUCUGCCUGCCCAGGCGGUCUCGGCAGGGGGGCCCACGGCCCCCCAUCACCCGCCCGUGGACCCCGAUGAUGAGCUCCUCGAGCUGGAGCAGAGCAUGGUCGACGCCGCGAAGGCCAAGAAGAAGAGGGACGCAGCCGCGGCCCGCAGUGCGAAGAAGGCCAAGCGCACGGUGGACUACUCCCAGUGGUUGAAGCCCCACGACGCCAAGGGUACCACCCGCGGCGCCUACACGAGCAGGGCGUACGACAACGCCAAGCUCUUGGCAUCCAGCUACGGCCACAGCGACGACGCGAUCGUGAAGAUCGCCCGCAAGGCAUACUCGGAUGCCGCCGACGUUUGGGGCAAAGCGAACAAGGCGGGUGGCAGGAAGUAA